CUGACGUUGACUCUGGUGAAUGCAGAGGUAAAAUGAGUCGUUUUGGUUCGUCGCCAUUUACCGGGAUUAUUUAUUACUUUUUAUUGCCGUUUGGUGAUUCACAUCUGGUUCCUGAAAGACGUUACAGUAAAAAGUGUUCUUCAAUCGGCUGAUCGGAGAGACCAGUAGGGCGAUAUUUAAUAAACUGCGGCGUGUCAAUCCCGGAGAGCGGGACUCGGGAAAAUGCCGAAAUCGAAGAAGCGGAACAACAAGGGAGGUCGACAGCAGCGAGCAGUGCAGCCUUUCAGUGAUGAGGAUGCGUCCAUUGAAACAUUGAGCCACUGCAGCAGCUUCAGUGAUUCAACCAGCUUGGCUGACGAAGCUAUUGAAGACAUUGAUGAAGAAGCAAGCCAAGAGGAUUAUGAAUAUAAACUGAGAGGAUUUAUUGACAACACUCUGGAUAAAAGUGCAAAGGUCAGAUUGUCUGCUCUCGAAGGACUGAAGUCUGCUUUCUCUUCUAAAAUCCUUUAUGACUUUAUUCUGGAAAGAAGGGUGACCUUAACUGACAUUAUUGAACGUUGUCUGAAAAAAGGCAAAACAGAAGAACAAUGUAUGGCUGCCCAAGUUGCUUCUCUUCUUUGCAUUCAGCUGGGAUCUAGCAUUGAAAGUGAAGAAGUCUUCAAAAGUUUGAGGCCCAUCUUCAAGAUCAUACUUACUGAUGAAUCAGUCUGUGUACAAACACGAAGAGCUUGUGCUACCAGUUUGGCUGUUUGCUGCUAUGUUGCAGCUGAUGAUAUAGAGGAUCUCCAUUUAACAAUGACCUACCUUGAGAGUGUCUUCACUACAUCCUAUCAGAAGGAUUUUCAGACUGAUUGCUUUCACAGCCCUCCAUCAACAACUUUGGGUAUCAGCACUUUGGUAGCAUGGACACUGCUGCUAACCAUUUGUCCACCCUCACUCAUGAAGAAAAUAUUUGAAAUCCAUUUGACCAAACUUCCCAGUCUUCUUUCUUGUGGUGAUGUGAACAUGAGGAUUGCUGCUGGAGAGACGAUGGCUGUGCUGUUUGAGUUGGCCAGAGAUCUGUGUGAUGAUUUUGAAUAUGAAGAUAUGGAAUACUUAUGUGGAAAGCUGAAGGGUCUGGCUACAGAUGGCAACAAAUAUCGAGCUAAAACCGACAGGAAGAAACAGCGCUCUGUUUUUAGAGAUGUUUUGAAGACUGUUGAAGAGGGAGACUUUGACCCUGAAACUAUUACAUUUGGUCCUGAAUGCAUGUAUAUUGAUAGUUGGGUUAAAAAGCGUACUUAUGAAACCUUCAAGGAAUUGCUUGCAUCUGGUAUAAGAUUGCAUCUACAGGCUAAUGAAUUUGUGCGCAGUGUCUUUGACCUAGGACCACCACUGCUGCUUGAUGCUGCUACACUCAAAGCAACCAAAACAUCUCGUGUUGAACGGCACUUUUACAAUGCUGCUGUUUGUAAAGCUAGAACUAAGGCCAGGAACAAAUUCCGUGACAAGAGAGCAGACAUCGGAGAAUAUGUUUAAAUUCCUGACAGAAUUCUGUGGGAGGUUUCCUCUGCCCUGUGUGUGACUGUUAUAUUUGAUCUUUGUUAGACGUAGCAAAUGGAGGAAAUCUCUCCAUCCUCCCAUAAUAUACACACACUAACUUUUUUUUUUUUCCCCCCCCGACCCCCACCUCAAGUGUUUGCUUCACUUCACUUUUCAAUCACUUCUGUAUAUCAAAUAACCACCAGCACUGAGGUCUAAUGGAUUUCUCUUUAAUUUGUAACUGAACUUUGCACAGAUGGGAAUGAUGCUACUUAAUUUGUACAAGACUUUAAUUGGUGUAAGUAAACUUUUGUAACUCUAAAGUGAUUUGGUUAUAAUGAAGUAUUCAUGUUUAAUGUGACUGGAUUUUAAAAUUUAUAAUGUAAACAUUGCAUCCACUUUGUGCUGACUGUAUUUAAUAAAUGCAUACAAAAAACUGGCAAGAACUUUAUUUCAAUGUAAAUUGAAAAAUUGAGUGCAAGCUUAAGUACAGCACUUAAUCAGUUUUAAAAGGCUGGCAAUAUUUCAUAGGUCUGGCAGCAUCCAGAGGAAGAAACUUAGCAACAUUGAGGAUCCCUGAAUUAAAAUGUGAACUGUUCAGUCAUCAAACUGCAGGUUAUUUGUUUCAAUCUCCUCCAAAGCAGGGUAUUUCUUGCUUUCUUGCAUCUGUAAUGCUUUUGUAUUGGGAUAAAAUUGUAAGCCUUUCUUAUUGGAAGGCAAGUGUUUACGUGUCUUGAAUUAUGAAGAAAAAUUGCUUGCUCUCUUUUUGACAAUGGAAGAAUGGAACCUUUUUUGUUAUCAAGGGGCUCACCUUUUAACACGGUUCAAAGACCUGAGAUGAUGAUAUGCAUUGCAAUCUCUUGUGCCCAGCUGUGAGAUAGUGAUCUUGAGCAGGGAUAAGAUCUCUUAAUUGUCUCUUGAUUGCAAGCAACAAAAAUUCUGCUUUCAGUUAAAAUAGUUUUUUUUAGAAAACAAAAACUGGUUGGGUAAUAGUUAUUCACUCAAGAACACCUUUGUUCUCAAUGUAGAGAAAAGGCAGAAAUAUGUCAAAUAAAAAUUGUGUAAUUUUAAGUGUCUUAAGACUGAUAAGUCUAAAGUUAACAGCUAAAUGGCUAUCUAUUUUGGAUUACCUUGCAUGGAUCAGCAACAGAAGUACUCCGCAGUGCUGAGGCUGUCCAACAGUCAGUACUCCAAGACCAUAUUUUAAAGUCCAGUUGCAUACUAGUUCAAAUGCUGCAAGCCAGGAAUAGCUCUUCAGUUUGCUCAUGAAUGGAUCUCCUUUUUGGCUGGAGGUAAGUUUUUUGGCAUGAUGGCUUGCAGACAGGUGGAUGUGGUGAAGAGGAUGAUUGUCUUCAGAACUGACAGAGGAGACCAUGGUAUCAGACCCUGCCAGCCUGGCCUGAAGCUGCCACCUGGAUCAGUACUAUACUCAAUUGAGAGGAACAUCUAGCAGUGCAAAGAGCUAGUUAAUACCCUCUGCUCUGCAAGGAUAAGUGCAACUAUCUCAUCUCUGCUACUGGACCCACUUCUCAUCAUGGCUGUGGAUCUACCCUUCAUAUGCAGUAUCUUUCCUACAUGGAUUUCACUUGAUUUUCUCAUUUCUGUUCUGUUUCCUAAAUCUCUCAAUCUUUGCCCACUUGCACAGAGACUAGAAGCUGUGCUAACAUAUUCCUGACCUUUUUCCAGGAGAAAAUAGCUCAGAGGACAGUGACUUAAAUUGGGUUGAGGGUUGGCUGACAUGGUAUGUUCAGUCCUACAAGGAAGCUAUCAUUAGGUGGGAUAGGAUAGAGACUGCUCCUGUCAUGCUGAGUCCAUUUCCCAGCAACCAAGCAACAUUCACUGCAAUGUGAAAAAUUGUUCUGCAUUUCCCAUUAAGCUUUUAAUGUGCUCCAGCUUCUCACUCUAUCUUCCACUGGCACCGAAAGAACCCACACAAUGUCUGCUAUGAAAAAGUCAGCUUUUUUUUUGUCUGAUUAGCUGCUACUCUUUGAGAGGAAGAAAACACUUCUCAAGUGAGGAUUGGCAGAGCCUCUCAUUCUGCAUCAGCCAAGUUACUAAGACCUGUGGCAUUUCAGCUAGAUUAGAGUCAAGAGUACAUUGUGAGCUUCUAUCUCUGCAGCUGUCUCAGGCAAAAAUACAGUUGGACUCUCACAUUCCAAAGUACUGGAGAACAUAUUCCACUUAUCCCCAGGCAGGAGAGAACCCUAUGCUGUUGGCCAUUAAUAACAACAUUGUGUGUUUACACAAACUGAGUUUGUUAGACCUGACAAAUGGGAUUAAAGGUUAAGAGCUCUGUCCUGCUACUGCUACUAUGCUGACCCCAGUAUUGCUGGGUGCUUGUAGAGAGCUUGGUAACUGCUUCUGAAUAACCUGGUCUAAUAAUACGUACUGGUUGCUGGAGAUGUGCGCGCAGACACCGUUACACUUCAUUGCUAUACCACAUUAUAGUCUGCCUCAAUGGCUAGUGCACAAGAGACCUUGACCUACACUUGGAACUUGGAUGCCCCUUCACUCCAAAGAGACUGGGUAGUGCCAGUCAACACAUACAGGUCCUUUCUUCUCUCUUCUCUUUCCCCCCACCCCCAAGCAUUUCCUCUUCAAGUACUCCAAAGUUGCCCCUUCCACUCAGGUUACAAUGUUUAGUCUUUGAAAGCUCAAUUUGGCAGGGGAGGGAGGGAGGAAAAGGGAGUGAGCUUGCAUCUGUCCAGGACACUGUCUAGCCCUUAUCCCAGUUGGAGACAUUAGGGAGGGGAAAAGGAAAUCACCUGAGGGUAAAAUAUAGAUAAUCUCUUUUGUAAAUAUUUUCACUUUAAUACCUCUGUCAUUUUAGCUCCAGUUACCAGAAUGAAUCCAAAGUAGUACCCCUUCCCAAGUAUUGCCUAAUGUUAGAACCCAAAUUGAAGGAGUGUUGCUCCUUCUGUUACUCCCGUUGUGGCAAAACAGCUUGUCUGAAUGUGGGAGUAUCAGCUAUUGUGAAGCCCUGCAAUAGUUGUUCGGCGACAUUCUACAAACAAACCAAAAAGAUGCAUUUGGGAAUAUGCAGGCUGUUUGACUGUAAACACAUGGAUGUAAAAGCAAUGAAUGAUUGCUUCAUUCAAAUCUGCUGUAAAUGUCAAGUCCUGUCUGGCUUUUUGUGCUGUAUGAUGAAAGUAUUGUUCCUAAUAAAUGUUUUAUUUUCCUCAAGAAUGCUGCUGCUGUCAUAGCUCCUCGUCCUCCAUGUUCCCCUUCUUGCUGCCUCUAGUUAGUAGAGCCACAACAUGCAAGAAUUAUGCAGGGAACUCUUUCUAUCGAAUGAUGUAAAGUAGGUCCUGAUCUGUCCAAGCAUAAGAACAUUGUCAUGAGGCCUAUCAAUUUGCCUCUGAUGGCUCCUGUGCAAACUAUGCAGCAUUGUAUCCAUGCUCAGCCUCCCUAAAAGUUGUCAUAAAGUCAUCGCUUAGAUUUGGAGAGGGUAGAUGAUUUAUUUCUGAGCUCUCAGUGAAUUGUCAUUUCCCCAAAUUGAUUUUUUUCAGAGUGCUGUUUUAUUUUUUGAAAUAGUGAAAAUAGACAGAAAGGAAGAGUUCCAGCUCUUGUUACACAUAUAUUCUCCUUACUGCUUUGCUUAACUAUUUUUAAACAGCUACAUUUGUGUGCAUCCUAGAGUCUCGCUCCAUGGCCUUUCUAAAAUGGCUAAAAAGUAAGCAAGCUUUUCCUCUCCCAAUAUGUGAAACAAACUCGACGUGAAUUAAACCAGAAAUGUGUGUUUCAUGAUACAUUUCUUUGUCUGGUUUCUGUGGGGUUUUUUUGGAACUGAAUUAGACCUUUCAGCCUGUCAAGCCUAGUCAGAUUGUGACUUAUUAAGCACUUCAGUAGCUCUUUACCUAUACCCUAUCCAAUGAGCCUCUGCACCAUUGGUAACCAAACAUUUAUCAACUGCUAUUGAGGAUGACUCAUUCACUCUUUUUUUUUCAGUCUGUUAGCCAACCUUUAAUCCAUGUCAGUAUGUUACUUCUGAUACCACAUGCUUGAACUUUCAUAAUCAAUCUCUCGGAUGGACUGUAUGGAUCUUCUGAAGCUUGCCUGGAUUUGUGGUUGGGUGGCAACUGCAGGCAUUUUAGCCCACAUUUUUCUUUGAGAACUUUUAGUCCUUUAAAGACCUC